CGUGAUCCAGUCAGUGCGUGACUGUCCUGACCAUGACCCAGGUGUUCACGUUAUGUUUGUUUGGAAGUCAAUUAUUGCCACUGCUGAUAAUAUUUAGCUUGUAGUUUUCUUUAAGGUUGUCACACCAAGACGCAGCGACUGCAAGUGACAGUAACGAUGUCUACAUUAAGGCGUUUCAUUAUUCCUAAAAACAUCCAAGCUUGUAGAUCACUUUUUGGAAGAGCAAUAUCUCGAAAUUUGGGCUCAGUUUCUUACUUGUCUGGGUUUAUAAACAAAAGCGCACCGUCCAAUACUCCUUGCGUCUCCACGGAGUUUUCGUCAUUUAAAAGAGGUUUUUGUACAGAUAAUAAAGAGCUCCCAUGGACAGACCUGGACUAUGAGGCCCUGUGUGUGUUACUAGAGAGUGGUAAUAUACAGCUGUUUGAUGUCCGGAAUCCUUGGGAGGUGGAAGCCACUGGAAUGAUUCCCCAGGCCAUAAACUUGCCCUUGGGAGAAAUUAAGGCUGCUUUUGAGAUGCCUCCCCAUAAAUUUGAAGCUUUAUACAAGGCUGAGCAACCAGAGCCAGAAGAUGAUAACAUUGUAUUUUAUUGCCGCUCAGGAGUGCGCAGUCGUAAUGCAAUGAACACUGUGCAUGAACUUGGUUUUGGGAAAGCUCGUCACUAUAUUGGUGGCUGGAACGGCUGGGCAGAGAGAAAGGGGCUCCCUCUUCAGGAAAAUCCAGAUAAGCCGGCGACAGGUGCCUAGAGACAAGUGCAAUAUAACUAGAAAACCAUGCAACAAAUUUAUUUUCAAUAGUAGCAUAUAUUCUGUUUUGUGAGCAAUCCACAACAUGCAAACUUUUUUUAUGAAAAGAGGAGCAGUCAGCUAAUAAUGGAAAAAUUCCACAUGCAGUGAGUCUACUUAGGUGUAUUCAAAUGAUUGAAGAUUAUAAUAAUUAUAAUUAUAUGAACAAGUGAAUUUUUGAAAUUUUUCCAUGUAAGAAGGAAAAUAUGACUGGUUUAAUUCAAAACUCCGACAAUAACUGGGCUAUUCCACAAUCCACGUUUUGGUGUUUCUUGACUCAUGUAUAAUCAGGGUUAAGGAGUUAUUUUUGUAAAAAAAGAGGAUUGCAUAUAUUUUAUUUUGAACAAUGAAUUUGACUGCAAAAAAAAAAAAAAGGUUAUAAUGUACUUUUGAAUUAUGAGGGAAAGGGGAAGUUAAUUUGCCCUGUUGUUUACAUUUGCAUCAGAUCAUUUCUGUAACUUUGAUUAAAGGGAAUGAUAUCCGUAACUGUAGAAUUUGCCUAAAAAUAGUAACUAUGAUCUGAAAUGUUAUGUUCAUUAUACUUGUGUAUCAAAUUGGAAAUAUAAAUCGUACGUAAA